AUGGAGGUGACUCCUCCCAGCGUUAUGUCUGAGCCGGACGAAGGAAUUACAACCGAUCGCCGCCCUUCUACAGAUGAACACGCCGAUUUAUCUGACACAGCCUCGGAAACUGGUUCGGGAGGAAAAGAUUCUGGAUGCGAAGUAGCCCCGGACACACAGGAACCUCCAUACACCCCGCCAGACGAAGAACUAGCCAAUAGAAUCGUGUCCCAAGUGGAGUUCUACUUCUCGGAUGCAAAUAUAACUAAAGACGCCUUCCUCUUAAAACACGUACGUCGCAAUAAAGAAGGAUACGUCUCCCUCAAGCUGAUUUCAAGCUUCAAACGUGUCAAGCAUCUAACCAAGGAUUGGCGAGUGGUCGCUGAAGCGCUGAAGAGGUCUACUAAAUUGGAGAUUAAUGAGCCUGGAACGAAGCUGCGAAGAACUGAUCCUUUACCAGCGUAUGAUGAAACUACUCCGUCUAGGACUGUGGUAGCAGUCAGGAUGCCCAUAGACCGUCCUACAGUAGAAAAUGUGUCUAGAUUAUUCGCUAGUUGUGGUGAGAUCGCCCUAGUACGAGUUCUUCGCCCUGGAAAUCCAGUUCCAGCCGACGUCCGUCAAUUCCUAAACAAGAAUCCCAGUCUAGUUAAUUGUGUGUGUGCUCUAGUUGAGUUUACCGAAUCUGAAGCUGCUAGGGGCGCGCUACGUUUACAGACAUCUGAUGAAGAAGGUAUGAAAGUGUACGAAUUGAAUGGAGUCCCUCGCGAGCCGAAGAGGAAGGCUCCAGCUCGUAGACCGGCACCGCGUCGUCAUGAAUGCGAAUACUCAUCAUGCUGUAGUGGUUCCGAACCUGAGUUUGAGUACAGGAAUUAUGGGACGCCGUUUUAUAGAAGAAACUCUAGCGGUUUCUUCGCGCCGCGACCGGCUGAAAUACAGACUUGGGUGCCGCGAAGACAGUCCACUUGCAGUCAUAGUUCUGAUUCAGGAGUGUCUUUCUUCUGUGGGUCGAGGCGAGCUUCUCAAGCUAGUACUGGCAGCGCGAGUAGUGAGGGUUGGUUAGCUAGGAGGCUGUCAGGGUGCUCUUUAUCGGGGACUGAAUGUGGGGGGCGAAGGCUCUCUUGCACCCCGCGGUUUGAACCACGCGCUCCAGUAGUCCCAGACGGCACUAGAGGCUUCCACGCCGCGUCCCGCCAACGACGGAUAUCAGACCUCGCGUUGUAUUCGCGCUAG